AGGCUUUACAUAUAAAAGCAUGAUUCCUCCUCCCGGACAAAACAGUGCCCUCGAAGUUGUCCCUGGAAUUAUUUUCUGUCAAGUGAACAUUAAUCGCUUAAAAAAACCCCAACAACAUGUCCCGUGAAGAUUCGUUUGUUAUCCUGGGAUCGACGCCGUCUUCAUCUCUGGAAGCAAGCUAUCUGAAUGUUUCCGAUGCAGACAUUCUUAGCUUGAUGAGCAGCUCACGCCAUCAGUCGAAUAAUUCACCAAUGGAUGAUGAUCCUACGGAAGCGAGGUUAGUAACCCAAUCUUACUCGCUGGAUGGUUAUAGGCCAGGCGACAAGGAGCAUGAGCUCUGUCGAAUAAUACAAGAGCACAGUCAGGAGGAAGCACCCUCAGGCGUCGAGACAUCGACCGAUUCAGCAGCGAAAUCAUCUCCUUUCAGUCUCAUGCCUAAGGAUGAAGUGCUGAAACUGUUUUGGGAAUCGCUGCAAGUUCACAGAACAAUGCUGGAUGAUUCUCACAUCACCGUAUUCGAGAACGCUUCAGUUCGCGCCGCACGUAUGCUGCAAACUCCAACCGUCAAAAUAACCGACGAGCUAGGUAAAACUAGCGUGUACAUCGGAAGCAAUUCUAACAGCACACAGGAGAUGAAACAAGAAGUCAUCGAAGAUAAAUCUAAGCAAGGCGAGUAUGAGCUCUUUAAAUCAUUCAAAAAGGAAACUACACUGAAUUCAACAUUAUCGUCUGAGCUGAUGAAUGACCAAUCGGAUACGAAAACGCAAGCAGAGGAUCAACAACGUUCCGAAAAGUUUGAUUCAACAGAAUGUUACGACACGGCCAUCACAAAGAAAAUGAAGGUUACAACAAAUAAGACAUUACAAGAUGCAAACGUCACAGCUUCGACUUCGAACUUAAAUCAAUCUUUGCCUUUGAUAGACAAGGAGACGCAAAGUCUCGAGUGGGAUAGUGCUCUGGACAAUGAUGUCAUCGCCGAAAAAUGCGAGACCAUUGCGCGUUUAGAGGCGGAAAACAAGAAGCUCAAGCUUGCCCUAGCCGACGCGAAGGAACGCUCAUACCAGCAGAAUACGCGAUUAGAAAUGCAAAAUAAGAGGCUCAAGCUAGUCCUAGACGACGCGAAGAAACAAGUAGUCGCACAGGAGACGAAGCUGACAAAGGCACUGGCAGAGGAGCACAGGCGGAAGCAGAUUGAACGCAUCAGCUCAUUGCACGCGAUCGAUGCACUGAGAAAACGGUUAUCGGAAAAGGAUGCCAUUUUGAAGAAUCAGGUGUGCUUGAUAGCCCGCUUGGAACACAAGAUCAAGGAAAGAGAUGCCGAGUUUGAGAAGAAGCAUCAAAUCCUGCUUGAGGAGUUGACAAACUUGAGAGCGGAGCAGGGUGCUUCGGGAGGGAUCGUCGCGAACGAACGCAACGCUGGGGGGACCUCGCCGGAUACUUCCAUCAAUCAAGCGGAGGAAAGCAACAAUUUUGCGGAUAUUGCCUGUCCGUUGUGCAAUGAUUCCUGCAACGGUUGGGAAGCCCUGGAAGAACACGUUCAAAUUUGCGUUGCCGUAAAUCAAUUGGAUGUCAUGUAAUGCUAGAGGGAAAGUAUUUGCAAUGAAGGUAUUCAUUUUCAAUAAAGCCACUGCGUCUUAAAUUUA